UAUGUGCGACUACGAUGGUGAUUGGAUCUGGAUUUUGAAUGAAGGAUCUCGGUGAAGAUGGGAGACGGAGAGAGGGUCUCUCGCGUUCUUUGUUAAGUGUGUUUAUUCGGGGUCGGACUGGAAGUCUACCUCUGAAUCUCUUAAAGCGUUUUAUUUUGGUAGUGGAUCCCGAUUUCAAAGGAGUGAUUCCUUUGCAUUCGGAUAUUAGAGAUUCGAUCUGGCUUGAUCUGAGAUCUUGUAUGUGGGUUAGUGUUUGGAGCGUAAUCAGGGUUACGGGAUUGAUUCUGGUCUCCUUUCGGGAUUUGAGGGGACUUAUGGUGGUGAUUUCGUUUGCGGGGCGUAUUAAGGCAAGGACUCGAUCUUGUCUUUAUAUUGAGAUACGUUAUUUCCGGGUUUGGCUGUUCACGGGAUACGUAAUUGAUUUGAGAUCGUUGUCAGGGUGUUUUUUUUGGGAUUCACUUGAAUGGAGGAGUAUCUCUUUUGGGACGACACUUAUUGAGGAAUAUCAGGGUAUAUAGUUGGAGAGUUGGUCUACUUCGUCCCACUCAUGUGUUCUUUGUUAAUCUCUUCUAUUCUCUGAUAUGUUCUGCUUGGUGCGGUUUCUGGUUUUUUGUUGUGCAACAAUUCUGGUUUUUGGUGCGUUUGUUGUUGGUGAUCCCUCCUAUGGCUCAAUCGGCUCUUCUCAAGGGUAAGGCUCCUCAGGUGCGUACGGAAACUGUGAAAAUCUCCAACUCAGUCUUGGCUCAGAGAAUUCAGCAGUUCUCUCUCACCCUUAUCGGGAGAUUGAUGAAUCCUUCGGUUCAACGGAUGGAGUCCUUGGUUUCCACUCUGCCUAAGAUAUGGAAGCUUGAAGACAAGGUGGUGGGUGCUGAUUUGGUCAAGAUACAUUCCAGUUUAACUUCGCUGAUGAGCUCGACUUGCAAGGAGUCUUACAAAAUGGUCCUUACCACUUUGAUGGUUGGAUGGUCUCUCUGGUUAAGUGGGAACCAAUUAUUUCCUCAACCUAUCCCUCUGCUAUAAAUUUCUGGGUGAAAGUUGCUGGUAUCCCAAUGCAUCUAUGGGAGGUGGCUACUCUGGAGGCUAUUGGUAAGAAGCUUGGCAUUAUCAGAGAAAUUGAUGAGGAGACCGGCAGUGUGUGUGUUACUGUCAACGGGUUCAACCCCCUUCUCUUCAAGUUGGUUGUGCCCUUCGCAUCAGGUGAUGAGGUCAUAGUUUCCCUCGAGUAUGAGAAACUAAAUGGGUAUUGUGAUUAUUGUUCUAGGCUUACUCAUGCGGAGAGAGAUUGUCCCGAGCUCAAUAAGGAUAUUGGUUCCCAAGGUGUUGAGUUUCAGGCAGAUAAAAAGAGGGGUUCAGCGUCACCAAGGUAUGGGGAAACAGGGUGUGAUUCAAAACGAGGGUGGUUGGGAAAAGCCUCGGAAAUAUGUCAAGAGAGCCUUGGAUUUUCAAGCUCACGGGUCUUUUGCUGGAGAGGGUGGUUUCGGUUCCUUUCAGCAGGACAGAUUUCAUGGUUCAGCCUGGGAGCAGAAAAGAACGUAUGGUGCGAUGGCGAUGGGGGUGGGAGGGAAGCGUGGGUCUCAGUUUGUUCAUGAGGAGCAGAUGGGGCAGGCUCCUACUUACCCACUUAAUCGAAAGGGUUCUGGUUCCGGUUGGUCUAAGCCCUUUUACAAGGCUAAAUCUGGUCAGAAGGAUAAGGGUAGGCAAGAGGUUUCUGGUGGUGACUCUCAUCGAGAUGCAACAAUGGAGAGUUCUCCUCGACACAAGGCUGAUAAGUCUUUGGUAGGGUCGGAGUUUGAUGAGGCUACAGAUGAUUUACUAGAGGAGGGUCAAGCUUCGGAUGGUAAUCUUCCGGAGGAGGGAGAGGUUGCGAUAGAGCAGGAUACGGUGUUGGAGGAGGGUAUGGAGGCGGAUGGGGUUGUUUCUAAUGAGGCUAAUUCGGAAGGUGAUGGUCAAAAACAAAAGGUGUUGGGGAAACAAGGGUCCAAGUCAUUGUCUGGUCAACCUGCGGGCGGCGGUCGAUCAGUUAAGCAGGGGAUGGUGGCUCUCCCGAAACCACCGGCGCGAACGUGAAAAUUAUGAGUUGGAACUGUCAGGGCAUUGGGGCAGACCUGACAGAGGAGUAUUUGGGAGAUUUGUGGAAGUCGCAUCAUCCUGAUGUUUUAUUUUUAUCCGAAACAAAAAAAUGUUAUUCUUAUUUACAAAAGUUUCAAGUUAAGUUUGGUUAUGAUAAUUUGUAUAUGAUUGA